AUGAAAGCUAUGACUUAUGAAGCUGAUAUCAUCAUUGUAGGCGGAGGCACUGCGGGCCUUGUCCUAGCGGGACGUCUCUCGGAGAAUCCUGACCUGCAAGUACUCGUGCUGGAAGCUGGACAAGACCAGGGACAAGACCCCUACGUACACCAGCUCUCUGAGCCUCAGGUCGCCCUGAAUGGUAAACAGAUACCGAUCCCCCAGGGCCGCCUCCUCGGUGGCACUAGUGCGAUGAAUGGCCUGGCAUGGAUCGCCAACUCCAAGAGCAAUGUCGAUGCAUGGGGUGCACUUGGUAAUCCCGGCUGGGAUUGGGAAACUGUGAAUCCUUACUACCAGAAGACCUAUACCCUUACCCUUCCAUCUGACGAGAAAUGUGAAGAGCUGAGUCUUGGAUAUGUGGAUCCUCAAAUCCAUGCAGCAAAUGGACCACUCAAGGUAGUCAUUGAAAGGGAUGGGCAAAACGCGAAGCUAUUCCUUGAACGCCUAUUACCUUCCUGCAAAGGAUCGGCCAAAUCUGCACCUCAUUACCGGGGCGCAAGUUCACAAGGUUGUACUGCAACCUCGGGAGAGCUCGCUGCCACCGGAGUGCAAUAUGCACUAAAUGGCGAGUUGGUUACUGCCAAGGCUCGCCAGGAAGUCAUUGUCGCAGCAGGCGUUUCCAACUCACCCCAACUCCUUGAACUUUCUGGAAUUGGCUCAUCGGAGAUUCUCAACAAAUUCGAUAUCCCUGUGCUAGUUGAGAAUUCCAAUGUUGGUGAAAACCUUCAAGAUCACCCAUUGGCUGGUGUGAGUUUUGAAGCUCAGGACUUUCUCAACACCAAGGACGAUAUGAUGCGCGGUGUACCAGAGGUUAUUGGCGCCGCCAUGGCAGAAUACCAGAACAAGCAAUUUGGCGCAUUCACUGUUGGAGGAAAUUACUCCUCUGCCUUGCUGCCACUUGCCGACUUUGCAGACUCCGAGACUGGAGCCCGCGAGCUUGCUUCGGUUUUAUCCAGCAUGGCAUCAAGCUCAUCAGACGGGUUCGACAAUGAAUUGACCAACAUUCUGCACCCGUUAUCUCGUGGUAGCUCUCAUAUCACCUCUGCCAAAGCUGAGGAUCCACCAGUUAUUGACCCCCGUUAUUUGUCUCAUCCAGCUGAUCUGGAGAUGCUUGCUCGCCACACUCGCUUUGUUGACUCAAUCGCUGCAUCCGAGCCAUUUGCGUCCAUGCUGAAGCCAGGUGGAAAACGGAGUCCAGGUGCUCCAGCUGAUUUGUGGGCUGUAUCUUUGGAUGAGGUCAAAGAGUAUGUCCAGGCUGCAGGCAAGAGUACCUUUCACCCGACUGGCACAUGUGCUAUGAUGCGCCGCGAGAAAGGUGGAGUGGUAGAUGCUCGGCUGCGAGUCUGGGGUACGAGAUCGCUGCGUGUAGUCGACGCAAGUGUGAUCCCGAUUAUACCAACUGGCAAUACUCAAAGUGCCGUUCACGCUAUCGCAGAGCGCGCUGCAGACUUAAUUAAAGAGGAUUUGUUCAAGGCCUGA